UCUAGUACGGUUUCCGGUUUUUUUUUCUCUUCGAUUUCGUUUCGCGGCAAAACAACAUCCCGUUAACUUAGAGUUGAAAUCGAACAAACUAACGUCUGCUAGCUUUUGUUUGAUGCGAUAUCCGUGUAAUAAUGAGGUGCAUUGUACCCGGUUGUUAUAAUGCCCCCCUUAAACUUGCCUUGAAAGCACAUUUUCAUAGUUUUCCACGCGAUGCAACUUUGUGCCAGACAUGGAUAGAUGUAAUCAGACACCCCAACAUAACAGCCGAAGAAGUUCGCAAACGAGGACUAAGGGUAUGCAGCGACCACUUUGAAGACACCGACUACCAAGGCGACCGUCUGAAGCGUGGAACUGUGCCCACCGUUUUCCCAUGGUCGGUCGAACCGCUCGAGGACCAUUCUCUUUCUCCUCCGACGACAUCAGUGGCAAACGAGCCGACGAGCCUGAUCGAACAUAUUACAAAAGACUCUACAGGCAAGAUUGACACAGUCACUAUAAAAUCGGAGGUGCUUUCAGAUCCUGGAGGCAAAAUGAACAAAGUGUCCACUCAGUGCAAAACGGAGCAGCGGUGCUCGGCCGACGUGCCGAUCGGCUUCGUCGGCGCGGGGAACAUGGCCUUCGGGAUAACCCAGGGGAUCCUGAUGUCAGGGGAGGUCAGUGCUGAAAAUGUGAGAGUGAGCGCCCCAUCCUCCAACAACCUGGGCCGCUUUCGGGAAAUGGGCGUGGGCAUCACUCACUCCAACGCGGAGGUGGUCUCCUCGUCUCGCCUGGUCUUCCUGGCGGUGAAGCCCCACCUGGUCCCAGGUGUCCUCCAGGAGAUCGCCUCUCAUGUCACUCGGGAGCAUAUCGUCGUCUCCGUGGCAGCAGGUGUCACCGUAGCGACGGUAGAAGCGCUCCUCCCACCGGACUCUGUCGUUCUCCGGCUCAUGCCGAACCUUCCCUGCCUGGUCCAGGAGGGGGCGCUGCUGUUCGCCCGCGGCUCCAAGGCCCGGCCCGAGCACGGGGCGCUCCUCAGGGACCUGCUGGCCCCCUGCGGGCUGGUGGAGGAGGGGCCAGAGUCGUGGAUCGACGCCCACACCGGGCUAAGUGGCAGUGGGGUGGCUUUUGUGUACCUGUUUGCGGAGGCGUUGGCUGAGGGCGGGGUGAAGAUGGGCAUGCCCAGUGCUCUUGCACACCGUAUCGCUGCUCAAACAGUCCUGGGUGCUGGGCGGCUGCUGCGGGACUCUGGGAAGCACCCAGCCCAGCUGCGCGCGGACGUCUGCACCCCCGGGGGCACCACCAUCUUCGGGCUCCACGAGCUGGAGAGGGGGGGCGUGCGGGCCGCCACCAUGGGGGCCGUGGAGGCCGCUACGGAGCGGGCGAGGGAGCUGGGCAGGAAGUGAGGCGUGGCAAGGGGGGGGGGACGCCCGGGAGCGGAUUAAAUCGGGGUCUGGAGAACGCGGCCUUCGAAAACCGCGCCCCUUUCGGACGGCGAGCGACGGCACAGGAAACGGAGCUUUUAAGACUGGAAUCGUUGAAAUGUUCCGUCACACCAGUUUACUUGCAUGCGAUUUUGUACGGUGCGUAUUCUGAAAAUAAGUCUGUGAGAUGUGAAGGAGGAACAAAAGACACUAGUUUCGACCCCACACAGGGGUCAUAGCAUAGUUUUCUGAUCUAUUACUUCCUUUCUGGUUCAUUUCCUGACUUGAAUUGACAUUGAUUAUAGAGCACUGCCAUGUUGUAUGUGGCAAAGAAUUUAAUAACAUGUCUACUUGAGAAAUGUUUACCAUUGCUUUUUUUCCCCCAUGUUUUUUCAUAAAUUUAACAUUAAAUUUUUCACAACCGCUUGUCCCGAAGCCGCAUCUGUGUUCUUUGGUCUUAAAAGGGGGGGAAACCCUGAGUAUGUGUUUUAUAUGUACCAUUCUGGAAUAAAAAAUAAUGAAAUAAAAGAUGAAAA